AUGGUGAAGGUCACAGUGAACAGAUUUGGCUGUAUUAGAUGCCUGGUCACCAGGGCUGAUUUUAACUCUGGCAAAGUGAAAGUUGUCACCAUCAAUAAUCCUUUCAUUGACCUCAACUACAUGGUCUACAUGUUCCAGUAUGAUUCUAUUCAUGGCAAGUUCAAAGGCACAGUCAAGGCUGAGAACUGGAAGCUUAUCGUCAAUGGAAAGUCCAUCAUCAUCUUCCAGGAGCAAGAUCCCAUCCACAUCAAAUGGUAUGAUGCUGGUGCUGAAUAUGUUGUGGAGUUUGCUGGUGUCUUCACUGUCUUGGAGAAGACUAGGGCUCACUUGAAGGGUGAAGCCAAGAGAGUUAUCAUCUCUGUCCCUUCCGAAGAUGCCCCCAUGUUUGUGAUGGAUGUGAACCAUGACAAGUAUGACAAUUCCUUCAAGAUUAUCAGCAAUGCCUCCUGCACCACCAACUGCUUGGUGCCCCCUGGCCAAGGUCAUCAUGACAACUUUGGCAUCGUGGAGGGACUCAUGACCACAGUUCAUGCCAUCACUGCCACCCAGAAGACUGUGGAUGGCCCCUAUGGGAAGCUGUGGCAUGAUGGCCAAGGGGCUACCCAGAACAUCACCCCUGCUUAUACUGGCACUGCCAAGGCUCUGAGAAAGAUCAUCCCUGAGCUGAAUGGGAAGGUCACUGGCCUGGCCCUCUGUGUCCCCACCACCAAUGUGUCAUUUGUGGAUCUGACCUGCCGCCUGGAGAAAGCUGCCAAAUAUGAUGACAUCAAGAAGGUAGCAGGCAUCAGAGGGCCCUCUCAGGGCAUCUCAGGCUACACUAAGGACCAGGUCAUCUCCUGCAACUUUAACAGUGACACCAACUCCUCCACCUUCAAUGCUGGGAUUGGCAUUGCCCUCAGUGACCACUUUGUUAAGCUCAUUUCUUGGUAUGAAAAUGAAUUUGGCUAUAGCAACAGGGUGGUGGACCUUAUGGUCCACAUGGCCUACAAGGAGUAA